UACAGGCAAAAUUGUUCUUACUUGUUUCAACAGUUCACUGUAAAGCCUCCCUCCCUUUGUCUGCACUCAAAGAACAAGGAGCUGCACAUUUAUGCAUCCAAACCCUUUAAAACACCUACUAAAAACUCACAUUUUUCACUCCCAUCCCAUCUUUGCAAUUUCGAACCACACCCAUGUCCACUCAACCGCAACAACCCGUUGUCGUUUUACCAAAUACGGUGCCAGGGCAAGCGCCGCCAUCCCAUAAUCACUCGGAUGGAUCAUUUGGAACAGUUUUUAUAGUGCUUGCAGUGAUCAUUGUUAUAUCAGCUAUAGCUUGCUUUCUUGGAAGGCUGUGUAACCGGGGCAAGAAUCAAACGAAACCCUCCGACCAUAACCAUAAUUUCGGUCCUAAAGAGAGGGACGUGGAGUUGGGGUUCGAUGGGAGGGUUCCGGCUGCCAAACCAGGUGAGCAUGAUGGUGACCCCAGCAAAGGGUUCAAAAUGCCUGGCAAUGGAGAUCAUAGAGAUCCAACAGAAAUUAGAAUGGCUGGAAAUGGAGAUCCAACAGGAAUUGGAAUGCCUGGAAAUGGAGCUCCUACAGGAAUUAGAAUCCCUGGAAAUAGAGAUCCAACAAGAAUUAGAAUACCUGGAAAUCGGGGUCCCACUGAGUUCAGAAUGGCCGGACUUAAGCCUGGGGAUGAUGGAGCGCUGAAGCCUGAUGCAUGAUACUAGCAUCGCAUGGAAUAAGUUCCAGGCUCGUUGCAGUUCAUAAAAUCUCCAUCUUUCUUUCUUUCUUUUUUUCCUAUAAGUUAUGUAGUUUCUUAGUUUUAUUAUCUUGCGUACAUGUAUUUAUUUACUUAUAUUCAUCGUAUAAUAUAGUAAAGGCGAAUAAGAUUGCAAUUUUCAAUCAAGAAA